GCGCAGUCGUAGAUUGGGCUCAUCAGACGUGACAACAAUGUUAUCAGCACCGGAGGAAAUGGGCCACUGACGAAAUGCCUGGGCAUUGCAUUGGCAUCUAAAUAAUUUUGAUAAGUAUUUUGGAUGUAUCGAUGCUAGUGUUUAUGAUAUUGUCUCAUAUAACUGAAACAUCAAAUUAAAGUCUUAAAAUGCCGAGUAACAAAAUGGACAAGCCAGAGAUCAUGGACAACGUCAAAGUGGUGGUGCGAUGUCGGCCGCUGAAUCAGAAGGAGAAAAGUAUGGGCCAUAAACAGGCGGUCAGUGUGGACGAAAACCGAGGGACCAUAACCGUCAACAAAUUAGAGACUACCCACGAACCUCCCAAAACCUUUACAUUCGACACAGUGUUUGGGCCUGACAGCAAACAGCUGGAUGUUUACAACCUUACUGCCCGACCUAUCAUAGACUCUGUAUUAGAGGGUUACAAUGGGACCAUCUUUGCGUACGGACAGACGGGGACGGGAAAGACGUUCACUAUGGAGGGAGUGAGGGCGGUGCCAGAGCUCCGAGGAAUAAUACCCAACUCCUUCGCUCAUGUGUUCGGCCACAUCGCCAAAGCAGAGGGUGACACCCGGUUCUUGGUUCGCGUCUCUUAUCUGGAGAUUUACAAUGAGGAAGUGAGGGACUUGUUGGGCAAGGACCAGAUGCAGAGGUUGGAGGUCAAGGAGAGGCCAGAUGUGGGCGUUUACAUCAAGGACCUGUCUGGUUAUGUGGUGAACAAUGCUGAUGACAUGGACAGGAUUAUGACAAUGGGACACAAGAACCGCUCGGUUGGUGCAACCAAUAUGAACGAGCACAGCUCUCGCUCUCACGCCAUCUUCACCAUUACCAUUGAGUGUAGCGAAAAGGGAGUGGACGGAAAUCAACAUGUCCGCAUGGGAAAACUCCACCUAGUGGAUUUGGCGGGUUCUGAGCGACAGGGGAAGACGGGAGCUACAGGCCAGCGGCUGAAAGAGGCCACUAAGAUUAACUUGUCUCUUUCCACGCUGGGUAAUGUCAUCUCAGCUCUAGUGGAUGGGAAGAGCACCCACGUCCCAUACAGGAACUCUAAACUCACCCGCCUGCUGCAGGACUCUCUGGGGGGAAACUCCAAGACCAUGAUGUGUGCAAACAUUGGCCCAGCAGACUACAACUACGACGAGACCAUCAGCACGCUGCGCUAUGCUAACCGGGCCAAAAACAUUAAGAACAAAGCCAGAAUCAAUGAAGACCCCAAGGAUGCCCUCUUACGGCAAUUCCAGAAGGAGAUCGAAGAGCUCAAGAAGAAACUGGAAGAAGGAGAGGAGAUCUCUGGGUCGGAGGGAAGUGGAUCAGAAGAGAUGGAUGAAGGAGAUGAUGAGGGAAGAGAGGGACACAGGAGACGGAGAGGCAGUGGCAGCAGCAUCAGUAGCUCAGACUCUGCCUGCUCCUCUAUUGUGCCACAGGCCCCUGAGGAAAAACCCAAGCCCCAGACUAAAGAACGAGGGAAGAAGAAGGUUUCUCCUGACAAGAUGGUGGAGAUGCAGGCAAAGAUCGAGGAGGAGAGGAAGGAGUUGGAAGCCAAGCUGGACAUGGAAGAGGAGGAGAGGAACAAGGCCCGGGCAGAGCUGGAGAAGAGGGAGAAAGAUCUCCUGAAAGCACAGCAGGAGCACCACCUGCUACUGGAGAAGCUAUCAGCCCUGGAGAAGAAGGUGAUUGUUGGAGGAGUUGACCUUCUGGCCAAGGCUGAGGAGCAGGAGAAACUAUUGCAGGAGUCAAACAAUGAGCUGGAGGAGCGGCGCAGGAGGGCUGAGCAACUCCGCAGAGAACUGGAAGAGAAGGAGGCGGAGCGUCUGGACAUUGAGGAGAAGUACACAAGUCUACAAGAGGAGGCCCAGGGGAAGACCAAGAAGCUGAAGAAAGUCUGGACCAUGCUGAUGGCUGCCAAGUCUGAGAUGGCCGACCUGCAGCAGGAGCAUCACCGAGAGAUCGAGGGCCUCCUGGAGAACAUCCGCCAGCUCAGCAGGGAGCUCCGGCUGCAGAUGCUCAUCAUAGAUAACUUCAUUCCGCAGGAGUACCAGGAGAUGAUCGAGAAUUACGUGCACUGGAAUGAGGACAUUGGAGAGUGGCAGCUGAAAUGUGUAGCUUACACCGGCAACAAUAUGAGAAAACAGACUCCUGUGUCGGACAAGAAAGAGAAAGACCCGUUUGAGGUGGACCUGUCCCACGUGUACUUGGCCUACACAGAGGAGAGUAUGAGACAGUCACUGAUGAAGCUGGAGAGGCCUAGGACCUCCAAGAGUGGCAAGAGUGGCCGGCCCAAGACUGGACGAAGGAAAAGGUCAGCGAAGCCCGAGGCUGUGAUCGAAUCCCUGCUGCAGUGAGAGACCGAGAGAGUGCCAGGGAGCCAUUCAGGGCUGGAUCCCGAUGUACUGCAAAUUAAUCUACACGUUACCUUAGGAGCGACCACCGGGGGCAGUCACUAUUCGACCUUGAAGAUUUUUAUUGUUGAGCGUUGUUAUUUAUAAUGAUUUAACUGAAUACACUGUAUAGCCCAGUACGGUUUUAAAUGUGAAGGGAGGAGACAGCGGUAAGGUUUGGCCCAGGAGGGAGGGAACAGGUAACAGUCACGGUAUGUGUUGCUGUUUGGGAACCGGACGUUAGGUUUGGGUGUAAUGGUCGAGUCAAGUGCACAAGUUUGUUGUAUUGUAAUAAAAUGGAUCUUGUUGAGGAUUGUCAGCUUAAUAUUUGAGUCAUACUGUCGCCAACGAAGCACAAUUCAGUUGGCAGGCCGCAUUUCAAAUGGCCCCCUGUUGCUUAUCUAGUGCAUUUUUUUGACCGAGGUCUGUAGUGGCUCAUAAGUAGUGGCCAAAAUGCCUAAAUGAAAAGGGCAGGUUGCCAUUUUAAAAAGACUUUCUGCUUGGAAACAGGAUGUUCAUUUGCUGUAGUAUGAAAACCAUUUAUCUCUGUAGGAUGAAGUGAUGUCAGUUACAAGGGUGGGUUUGUGUAUUGUGUCCAUAAUGGUGUCCCAUUUCCUAUAUAAUGAACUACUUUUGACCAGGGCACAGUAGUGCAUUAUUGGAGUAUCGGUUGCCAUAUCUUAUGCUGCAAAUUAGUCUAUGAUGAGCACAAGGCAGGGUCUUUGAACAAUUCACCCAGCAACCACAGCAACAAACUCUGACCCUGUUGGUGAUGAAUUCUCCUUAGCUUCUAAUGCCAGGAUGUGUUGAUGACCCAUAUGAUGCCCUACAACAUUGUUUAGAAUUGAUACAAAAAGAACAAACAAUUCAGAAAUGAAUCUAAUGUACACCACAGGUUAUAAUGGCCCCUAUUUCAAGCAUCAUGAUCCUGGAAGUCUAAAAUGUGCUUGACUUUGUUAAAACUCCUUCAGGCUUGAAGGAUAAGUUUUGCAUGCCAUAAUGGUCUCAUAGUAUUGCAAUUCACCCAUUAAACACUAACUAAGUGA